UUCAGUUAUGGAAUAAAAUGAGUUGAAUACUAAUACUGACUGACCCCUUAGAUAAUCUGAUCUGCGCUGCGGCUGUGCACUCUGUCCAUGUGACACUCUCUUUCUCUGUCUCCCUUAUCCUCUUAUAGUGGCUCUCACCUCAGAUCUCCACUCAUCCCGCAGAGCUGGUCGUCUGCUGGUGCUUCAGUCUGAUAACAGAGCGGAGAGGCAGUGGAGCCAUGGCGAGUCCCGGACAGAAAGUGGUGCUGAUCACUGGCUGCUCCUCCGGUAUCGGCCUGAGGAUGGCUGUGAUGCUGGCGAAGGAUGAACAGAAGCGUUAUCACGUCAUUGCCACGAUGCGUGAUCUGAAACGUAAAGAUAAGCUGGUAGAAGCUGCCGGGGAUGCGUAUGGGAAAACUCUUUCUCUGGCUGUACUCGACGUCUGUAGCGAUGAGUCCGUCAAACAGUGUAUCAAUGGCAUCAAAGAUCGACACGUGGAUGUCCUUAUCAAUAAUGCAGGUAUUGGCCUGGUGGGUCCUGUGGAGAGCAUCCCCAUGGAAGAGAUGAAGAAAGUGUUUGAGACCAAUGUGUUUGGAGUGAUCCGUAUGAUAAAGGAGGUGAUGCCUGACAUGAAGAAAAGAAAAGGAGGACACAUCAUUGUGGUCAGCAGCGUGAUGGGAUUGCAAGGUGUGGUGUUUAAUGACGUGUAUGCAGCAUCCAAGUUUGCCAUGGAGGGCUUCUGUGAGAGUUUGGCUGUGCAACUCUUAAAAUUUAACGUCACAUUGUCGUUGAUUGAGCCGGGUCCAGUGCAUACAGAAUUUGAGGCAAAGAUGAUUCAGGAAGUGAAACAGAGGGAGUGUCCUGGGGCUGAUCCUGACACAGUGCAUUACUUCAAGAACGUGUACCUUCCUUCUUCUCUUGACAUCUUUGAGGUACUGGGACAAACACCUGAUGACAUCGCCAGAUGCACCAAGAAAGUGAUUGAAGCAAGCAGACCACGUUUCCGUAACCUGACCAACCCUAUGUACACACCUAUUGUAGCAUUGAAAUACGCUGAUGAAACUGGAGGCCUGUCUGUCCAUGCCUUCUACCACAUGCUCUUCAACCUCGGCUCUCUCAUGCACAUCAGCAUGACCGCUAUGAAGUACCUCACCUGUGGAUGUCUGAGGAGCAGGACAAUUUCACCAAAUUAAAAACUCUGUACACCAGUGAGAAUAACACAAACACUCUGAGUUUAUAGACCAGAAUAAACACCUCUGCUUAGGCUGUCUACUAACUACUAACAUACAGUACCUGCCCAAGGUCAAGUAGCAAAAGUCACUUUGUUACAAAUAAAGAAAAAAAUCCAUUAACAAAUCCAUCCUACAAUUUCAAAGAGUUUUGUGACCUGCCAUAUUUCGUGCUUUAUAUAUGCAGUCUGUAUUGUACUGAGCAGUCUUCUCUAUAUUCUUAUUUCUGUAUAAAACUGUAGCUUAUGAAUGUAUAAAAUACAACACUUAUGUCCAGAUGAGUUGAAAUAUAAUAAGAGUUUUCCAAUCUAUUGUAGCCAACCCAGAGUGCCAAAUAAGGUUUGCACCAAUGAGACAACAUUCUGCAGCCUGAUUUCAUUAUUUUAUCCAAAUCAGGCUGUUUUGGUUCAGAGUGAUAGGUAUACAACUUGUUCAAUUUGUAGCCUAUGUAUUUGCAUCUAUUUACACAUUUUUCAAAUACUGUUAAUGUAUUGGUACAACUGUUUUGGCAUUAAAAUUGUAAUUUAUACCUUUCAGGAGCUGUGUUGGUGCUUCUGAUGGUUUUCACAAAUUUGUGGUUGCAUAGUCAUUACUCAUGAUUAUGAUAACUGUUUCAUUAGCUGCACACACAAGUGUCCUAAUUUUCCUUUCCUGUAGAAGACUCUUACUUGACAGUGUCUCUGUCAUUUCUCUCAGGUUAACAUUAUAGCAUGACUAAUUCUCAAUUUCUGAGGACCGUACCUGUAAAGGAAUCUUUUGUUUCUAACCUUUAAGGUCUUUAAUUAGUAAUAGUUCACUUUCUGUAUCUAGGAUGGAUGCGAAAACACAUGGAUAACGUCGAACUCUCGCAGUCACCAAUGGUAGCUGUUGCCGUAGUAAUCAAGGUCGUAAUGAUAUCAUGGACUGAGACGGGGGUCUGGGGGGGUCUAGUCAUACAAGAGCCCUUCAGCUAAGAGACAAACUGUCUUCCUUGAGAUUCCUUGUACAAUGUGACUUAGGUGAAUGUAGUUCAUUGUUUAGGACUGAUGUAUGUGCUUGUGUGGGUUUAUAUAUACCUGUUGCAUGGGACAGCUUCAGGUUUGGGAUAGCACUACACUACUUAACCUGUUAAUGUUUGUAAUUGUCCAUUGCCUAUCUCCUUGAUUCACAUGAAGCUGUAUUAAAUACUUCUGUUUA